AUGACACGUCCAAAGGCCAUUAUACCUGUUGCUUCUAUCUCCAAGAAGAGGACCCGAACAGGGAAAAAGCUCAAGCCUGAGCAAACCACAGUCGACCGCACAGUCAUACCAGAACGGGGCAUAGUCCUCAGUAGCUCCAAACACGGAGAUCUCGACCGAUGGCUGACCGAGGAUAUAGCAGAACUGGAUUGGGAACUCUUCGUUGAGCCUCCCUCAAGAGCUCGCACCGAGUUCGUGACUGCAUUCUUGGAGGGGAUGAAGAAAGAAGAUCUCCCAAAACUCCUCAUCAGAGGCGUGAAAGUAGACUUCUCCCCUGAAGAAAUCAACGAAGCAUACAACACUGCUUCAGUUCCUGCUGAACAAGAUGAGUUCGAUAGAUACUGUGCUGGCCGAGGAGAUGAGGCCAUAACUGGAGAAGUGCUCCGAGAAAUAGGCUCAGAAGGAGCAACCUGGGGAACCAAGGAAUCCAUCCCUAGGAAGCAACUCAAAUUCGAAGCAAAGGUAUGGAUGCAUUUUAUUAACUCCCGUCUGAUUCCCGUGAGCAAUGACUCUAGAGUAAACUGGGAAAGAGCAGUGCUGGUCUUCUGCAUCUUGACUAAGAAGAAGUUUGAUGUUGGGAGGAUUGUUUACAAACAACUGGUGGCAAAUGCACCAAGAAACUUAAAGGCCAAUAUCCCGAUUUCGGAUGAAAUCAUUCCAGAAGGGUCGGACAUUGAUCAGUCCACGAUAAAAAGAAUCAGAGACAAUGAAGGAUUGGAAAACCUUCUAGCCACUCAAGUGCAAGCCUUAGAAGACACAGUUGGAAGGGAGCUGCAAUCUCUGAAAGAAGCCAGCUUGCUCAUUAACAAAGAAAAGGUGGCCCUGCAGAAUGAACUUGACCAGAUAAAAAAUGCUGGACCACUGCCUCUGAAAAGGAAGAUUGAGGAAGGAGAAGCCUUGCAAAACACGGUGAAAGACCUGGAUAGGUUUCUCCUAUCAAUUGGCGCUUUCAUCGAGCUGAACAUGGCCCCUGACACUAGAUCACGAUCGUUUGAUGACCGCUUGGAUCACACACAAGCAGAAAUCGAGGUUUUGAAGGAACAAAUGACAAAGAAAUUUCAGGAGAUUGCAUGCAAGCUUAAUGCUAUCUUUGAUAAUCAUCGAGACGGCACUGCAACUUCGGGUAUGUCACCUAAUUCCUCUGUCCCGAAAGAUAAUCAAGCAGCACGAAAUGUUCGUCUCAAGGUACCCAAAUUUGAUGGGUCAUGCGAUCCUCAGGGUUGGAUCUUCAAGAUUGAACAAUUCUUUGAAUUUUACAACAUUGAUGUGGAACAGAAGCUUCGAAUCGCUCCAAUUUAUUUUGAUGGCAAAGCUCUGGCCUGGUAUCAAUGGGUACGCAAGAACACCAAUAUUGCUUCGUGGGAACCCUUUAUUCAAGCAUUACAGGUGCGUUUUGGUCCAUCAGAAUUGGAAGACUAUCAAGGACAGCUUUCCAAACUCAUACAGAAAGGAUCCGUCCUAGAAUAUCAAGAGGAAUUUAAAACUCUCUCAAAUAAGGUAAACGGUUUAUCUGAAUCAUUUUUGCUCAGUUGUUUUGUAUCAGGGUUGAAACCUAUAAUUCAACAAGAAGUAGCCUCAUUCCGUCCAUCUUCGAUGACUAGAGCAAUUUCACUAGCUAAGAUCCAAGAAGCAAAACUAUCCUUAAAAGAGGUACCACCUAAACCACAAUCUUCAUAUCCACCUAAACUGCAUUCCCCUUAUCCACCCUUACUUCGUACACCCAAAACUUCAUCCACUCAAUUUACCCCAAAACCCAUUUCUACUGCCAACCCCAAUUAUCAACCAAAACCAUGGACCCAGAAAAUAACCCAGAGCCAAAUGCAAGAACAUGAAGAGAAUUCUCAACUCUCAGAUGAUCCUACGACAGAGGAACCCCACUUUAGUGAUUGGACUCCAACUGAUUGCAGUGAAUCAGUUACACCACAAAUUAGUCUCCAUGCCUUAUCUGGAGUUAUGAUACCUCAAACAUUACGGUUUACUAGCUACAUUGGAAAAUUCGAAAUGAGUCUGCUAGUGGAUGGUGGCAGCACUCACAACUUCUUACAACCCAAAGUUGUAGCAGCUCUCAACUUACCAAUGUCCUCUGAUCAGCAAUUUGAUGUUAUGGUGGGCAAUGGCCAAAUCCUCAAAUGUGAAGGUUUUUGCCAAGCUGUCCCUGUUCAGAUACAACAACAUAUUUUCCUAGUGGAUUUUUAUGUUCUUCCCAUACAAGGUGCAGACAUGGUCCUGGGAGUCCAAUGGCUUCAAAUGCUGGGACCUGUGGUAUUGGAUUAUAGCAAACUCACCAUGGAGUUUGCAUGGGCAGGAAACACAAUUAAGCUACAAGGUGAUAAGCAUACAGUUAUUUCAGCACCUCCACCUGAUAAUUGUUCAGAAGUCCAACUUAUACUCUCAGAAUUUGAGGAGUUAUUCCUUGAACCAAAAGAACUUCCUCCCCACAGAAUACUGGAUCAUGAGAUUCACCUCCAACCACAAGCUUCACCAAUUAAUGUGAGGCCAUAUCGAUAUCCUCACUAUCAAAAGGCUGAAAUUGAGAAACAAAUACAGCAGAUGCUAGAUUUGGGGUUCAUAAGGCUAAGCACCAACCCUUUUUCAUCUCCUGUGCUAUUAGUCAAAAAUAAAGAUGGAUCUUGGAGGUUCUGCAUUGAUUAUAGAGCUUUGAAUACUAUCACCAUCAAAGAUCGUUUUCCUAUUCCAACUACAGAUGAGUUGAUGGACGAGUUAGGUGGCUCACAAUAUUUUUCAAAGCUGGAUUUACGGGCUGGUUAUCACCAAAUCCGUGUUCACCCAUCUGAUGUGCACAAGACAGCUUUUCGUACUCAUCAAGGUCACUAUAAGUUUUUGGUAAUGCCUUUUGGCUUAACCAAUGCUCCCUCUACAUUUCAAGCAACCAUGAAUCUGAUUUUGCAGCCUUUUCUUCGCAAAUUUGUAGUUGUAUUCUUUGAUGAUAUUUUAAUAUACAGUCCAACAUUGGAGCUGCAUUUACAGCACCUUCGAUUGGUCCUCACCACUCUACAGCAGCAUAAGUUCUUCAUCAAGAGGAGUAAAUGUUCUUUUGCACGACAAGAGGUGGACUACCUAGGCCAUGUGGUGACUAUAGAUGGCCUUCGGAUGGACCCUACUAAAAUACAAGUUAUGUUGGAUUGGCUUGUCCCAAAGAACCUCAAGGAAUUAAGAGGAUUUCUAGGCUUAACAGGCUACUACAGAAGAUUUGUUUGUAAUUAUGCAGCCAUUGCAACUUCCCUUACUGAAUUGUUGAAAAAGGAUGCCUUUCUUUGGAGUGCUGCAGCUCAACAAGCAUUUGAAAAGCUCAAAGUUGUAAUGACAACAGCACCUGUAUUGCUUCUGCCUGAUUUUCAGAAAGAAUUCACUGUUGAAACUGAUGCUUCUGACUUGGCAGUUGGUGCAGUCCUUCUUCAACAAGAGCACCCGAUAGCCUAUUUCAGUAAAAAAUCGGCUUUGAGGAUGCAAAAGGCUUCUGCGUAUGUUAGAGAGCUUUAUGCAAUUACGGAAGCAGUGAAAAAGUGGAGACAGUAUCUGUUAGGAAGAAGAUUCACCAUAAGAACCGACCAGAAAAGUUUGAGAGGUCUUUUGGAUCAGGUGAUACAAACACCUGAGCAACAAUAUUACUUGACCAAGCUACUGGGAUUUGAAUAUUCCAUUGUGUAUAAGCCAGGGAAGGACAAUCAAGCCGCGGAUGCCUUAUCUAGGUACCCUGUUUUCAUGUCUCUUAUGGCUGCUGCAACGGUCCAAGUUGAGUUACUUGACACUUUAAGACAAGAGAAUCAUUCUUCCCCCUUCUUUCAACAGAUUUAUAAGAGCAUUGCAGAAGAUCCUAGUUCUAAUGCACAUUAUAAGGCAUAUGAUGGCUUGCUGUUUUAUAAAGGGAAGCUAUUAUUGGAUCCUUCUUCUCCACUGGUUCAUCAGGUUUUACACGAAAAUCACUCAACCUUCAUGAGUGGUCAUACGGGCAUACAGAAGACAAUGGCCAGGGUCUCUGCUAGUUUCAGUUGGCCCAAUUGGAGAGCUGCUGUUAAGGCAUUUGUUAGCUCUUGCAUAACAUGUCAGCAAGUUAAAUAUCAAAACCAAGCACCUGCUGGUUUGUUGCAACCAAUUUCAAUCCCUAGCAAAAUAUGGGAAGAUUUAUCCAUGGAUUUUAUAGUGGGCUUACCUGUUUCACAUGGCUUCACUACUAUUCUUGUAGUUGUUGACAGAUUAUCCAAGCAAGCUCACUUUGGUUCGCUACCCCAGAGGUACACAGCAGCAAAGGUAGCUAACCUUUUUGCCACUAUGAUCUGUAAACUUCAUGGUAUCCCAAGGUCUAUCAUCACAGACAGGGACUCCAUCUUCCUCAGCAGAUUCUGGGUUGAAUUGUUUGUGCAAAGUGGCACCCACUUAAGAAGAACUACAGCCUACCACCCUCAAUCAGAUGGCCAGUCAGAGGUUGUGAAUCGUGUCCUCGAACAAUACUUAAGAUGCUUUGUUGCAGAUUUUCCUAAGAGGUGGUCGAAGAUACUGCAUUGGGCUGAGUAUUGCUAUAAUACUUCUUACCAUUCUGCAGAUGGGAUGACCCCUUUCAAGGCAGUUUUUGGUCGUGAUCCCCCUUCCAUCCUAGAUUAUGUGUCAUCUGAUACAAGAUUAGAAGAAGUAGAUACUGCUCUAAUGGAUAGACAAGCUAUCUUACAGCAACUACUAGAGAAUUUAAUCAAGGCUCAGCAGGCUAUGAAGGAGCGAGCUGAUCGCAAGAGAAGGGAUGUUCAAUACAAGGUUGGAGACUUAGUUUGGGUUCACUUACAACCCUACAGGCAGUCUUCAGUGGCAGAAAGAAUGAGCAACAAAUUAUGCAGAAGAUACUUCGGGCCAUUUCCAAUAGCAAAAAAAGUUGGUCAGGUUGCUUAUAAGCUUGAGUUACCACCUAAUGCAAAGAUACACCAUACCUUUCAUGUUUCUCUUCUCAAACCAUUCAAAGGAGACAACUCUAUAUCUCCACUACCCUUGCCAGACGUGUUCACUAAUGGUAUGCCAGUUUUAGAACCCCAGGACAUUACAGACAGUAGAAUCAUCGCAGUGGAAGAUCAGCAGCAGAUAGAGAUUAAAGUGCUAUGGAGUGGGAUGCCACAUGAGGUAGCAACAUGGGAAGAAUUACAAGAAUUUAGAAGACAAUAUCCACAUUUUAACCUUGAGGACAAGUGUGAUGGACACUCGGUUGCUGUGGAUGGGCUCUCUCCUAGUGGACCAACUGUUAGUGGGUCUCAUGCGUCAGAAGGGAAACCAAUUAUGGAGAGACCAACUGGGGAUGGGUUGGCUGAGGAUGAUCCAAUUGUUGAUGGGCUGACUGAUGUUUAUGGGCCAGUAGCUGCUCUCAAAUUGGUGGACAAUGUACCUAGAAGAAGAGUGGAUCGUAAGGCUCAAAGGAGGAAAGCUUAUGACAACUGGAAGUUGGUUAGCACCUUGGACACGUGGAAGGCUGCCCACGGAGAGGAAAAGUGGGAGAAGGAAUGA